UGCGCGAGAGAGGAGAGGGAGGCAGGCGCACCACAAAUGAAGAUGGAGGAUACGAAUCGCUAGAAGAACAACUUGUGUGCAAGGGGAGCCAACGACAUGAAUGAUCUGCCCACCACAAGUUGAGUACGGGUAUGAGGCGCACCAGGACAGCAUACGACGAGUCCGACACGUCUAAGGGGCGCCCGGACCUGCGAGUCCUAGUUUAAGCCAAGUCCUAUUCGGAUUGGUUGUAUGAGUUUGAGUCAAACCUAGUUUGAGUCUGGGUCUGAGUCCGUUUGUGUGUUUGGCUGCCCAUCGCCUAUAUAUACAAGGGGUACGCCUAGGGUUAGGGUCAGACCACGUUUUAGCUAUUUUCGAGACUCUUGUUGAUUGCGAGAAGCAUUCAUCUGGAAUCCUAUAUACCAUAUUUGUUUCGAUAGAGUGUUUGUUAUCUACUAAAAUUUCGAGCGUAAUCUGUCGUUCCGCUGGGAAUUGGAAGAUUGCGAAACCGCUUGUGGUCGGCAGACUACUGCGCAAGUGUGUGGUGUUGCGAAUUUUCAUUGAAUUGCAAGUUCGUCGUGUGGCGACGGGUGAAUAGCCAGAAGAUUUGUAGAAUCAUACAAGUUAUCCACAUUGCUCUCUGAGAAGAUUUGGCCACCCCUUAUCACCACCGCCCCUCCCUCUGUAGUCCCGUGGAACCCUGCCGCCGGUCACCACUGCUUCGCCGGCAUUCUCCCCGAGCGUACCCCGCCACCAAGCUGGUUCGUCUGAGGCCAAGGUGAGCCCACUCUCCCUCCCCUCUCUCUGUUGUGGCUGCAUGUAUGGAUGCCCUCUCUACUGCAUGUUUGGAUGAACCUAAGAUUUUUUUGUACAUGUAUUAUGUGUGGAUGUAUAGAUGUAUUCCAUAGAUGUAUGGAUUUUGUGGUGUAUUGAUGGAGCAUUCAUGGAUAGGGAUGUUCUUGCUGUUAUGUAUUAACAAAUAUAUGCUUGUUGUCGAUGUAUAUAGAUGGAUCAGAAAAACAGAACCAAUCAAAAGAAAAUUGGGAUGCUAUGGCUGCUAAAGCAUUCUGUCAGAUAUGCGCUGAACAAACGCUUGAAGGAAAUAGACCAACGGCUUUUUUGAGUACCACAGGGUACAAGAACUUGGAGCGAUAUUUUUUCCAACGAACUAGAAGAAACUACACUAGAAGACAUUUCAAAAAUAGAUGGGAUGCCAUGAAAGCUUUGUACUCAGCAUGGAAGUACUAUAGAAGUAGAUGCACUAGGCUGGGUUGGGACCAAGUUACAAGAACUGUUACCGCCGAUGAGGACUGGUGGCAAGAGACUAUAAAUGCAUAUAGUUACUAAAAGGUUAUUUAAUAUUAUGUGCACACUUUGCUGGUAUGAGAUUCGAUGCUAUUUUGGACUGUUUUUAUACAUAGGGCAAUAAACUUGCUGAAGGUUUUCGUAAAGGACCUCCAGAUUUCAUAGAUGAAUUUGAAGUUAUGUUUGCGGGAGCUCACGUUGAUGGGAAGAGUUCUUAUAUGCCUAGGGCCAGCAAGGAGCAAGUUAUUAUUGAAGAUGAUAAUGAAGCUGAGGAGGUACUAGUUACUCCUACAAGUCAGAAGCCUGGGUCUGUGAAUGGAAAGCGUGUGGGUAGUAGUGGUGGAAGCCCAAAUAAGAAAAAGACCCCCAUGCAUAGAGACUUCAAGCGUAUGGUUGAUCAUUAUACUUCUACCGAUCAUCGGUGUCAUCUACUAGUAAUGCCACUUUAACUGUUGAGAUUGAAAGCAUAAUGCAGAAGGUGGUGGAAUGUGGGGCAACUGAAGAAAGUCCUGAGUACUACAUGACAACCAAGUUAUUUGGCAAAGUUGAGAACCGUGUCUUCUUUAAUACCAUGAAGACAAAAGAGGGAAGAUUGUGUUGGCUAACAAGGAUGUAUGAAGAUCGAAAAAGGAAUUAGAAUUUGUAUCCUUGUCAUGUUGUUGUAAAACCUGAUUGUCUUAUUUCCUUCAGCUGAAACUAUUCUUGUGUACUUUCCAUUUAGCUUCCCUUUGUCUCGGUCUUGUAAAACAUGGAUAUUUGUGUGCUGAAUCUAUUGUGCGCAGUUAUGUUGUGUUCUGAAAUUAUUGUUUUGUGCUGAAUCUAUUGUGAGCUGUUAUUCUUUGUGCUAAAAUUAUUGUUGUGUGCUGGAACUAUUGUAAUGUGGGCUGUUAUGUUGUGUGUUGAUUGCUAAAACUAUUCUUAUGUUUGUGUGUUUUUAUUCUAAAUGAGCAUAAUACUAACCAUAUAUUGCUAUUUUUUAGAUGAGCACAAGCGAGGGUGGAAGUGAUGAUGAAAGUGAUCUGGACUCCCAAGCAAACGAGAUCAGCUCAUGCUUAUGACUGCAUAUUUUGUUAUGAACCAUCACGACAAAUACCUGACGAAGAGAAAGAGGAGAAUACCUUUAUGCACAUGACAACAUAAAGGUUGUUAUGCACUUCAAAAGAUUGUUAUGCAAUGUUCAGAAUGUAUCCACCUUGUGUUUAUGGACUGCAUAACACAUUGGUGGAACGCUACAAAUUGGAGUCAACUAGGGAGAUGUCUUCAGUGGAGGCACUAGCUAUGUUUCUAUGGACAGUUGGAGGUCCUGAAUCGGUGACCCAAGUCAAGAACCGCUUCAAGCGGUCCAAAGAAACAAUCCACCGGAAGUUCAAACAUGUCUUGGGUUGCUUGAACCAACUACCAGCAGAUAUCAUCAAACCAAGAGAUCCUCAGUUUCCAACAGUGCAUGAAAGGCUCCAGGACUCUAGAUUCUCACCCCAUUUCAAUGGUUGCAUAGGCGCAAUUGAUGGGACACACGUACGUGUUGUCGUGCCGGCUGAAGAUAUUGCCAACCAUGUAGGAAGGUAUGGAUAUCCCACACAGAAUGUGAUGGCUGUGUGUGACUUUGACAUGAGGUUCACCUCAAUAGUUGCGGGAUGGACAGGAUCGGCGCAUGACACAAGGAUAUUCAAAGACACGUUGAUAACUUAUUCAGAAAACUUCCCACAUCCACCUCCAGGGAGGUACUAUUUGGUUGACUCUGGUUAUCCGAAUCAGACCGGAUAUCUUGCUCCAUACGAAGGACAAAAGUACCAUUUGCUGGAGUUCCGAAGAGGCAUUGAAGAAGGUCGACACCCAACUGGUAAAAAAGAAAUCUUCAAUCAUGCUCAUUCACAACUUCGAAAUGUCAUCGAGCGCUCUUUUGGUGUGUUGAAGAUGAAAUGGCGCAUCUUACUACAUGUGCCUUCUUAUGCAAUUGAGAUGUUCUACAAAUGUGACAAAGAUGAGAACUAUAUGCCGGAAAACAUAGAACCUACACCAUCAGUGGGCCUUCCUGAUCUUCGUCAAGGAGUCAAUACUGCCAACUUGGAUGUGGUUCGUGAAAGUAUUGCUAAUGGUUUGAUAGGUCGAUAGGAAAGUUGUACGCUAAAGCCAGUAUGUAUUUUGGAGCUCAUAUUUUGGGAGUACUUGUUAUUGUAUUUCCUACUAGUGGUUCGUGGUAAUGUAUGAGCACUUCAUAUUUUGAAGUACUUGUUAUUAUAUUUCCUACUAGUGCCUGGUCUCAAUGUACGAACGAGCACUUUAUAUUUUGGAUUACUUGUUAUUAUAUUUAACUAGUCGCUUUUGGUAAAAUCUAUAUGCAAUUGUGUGCAUUGCACUGUAUGUUCGAAUUCAUUUUUGUGGUUCAUUAUUUUGCUCUUGAACCCAAAUAAUAUUAUUUAUUUUUUAAUCCCAAAUGGUACUGAGAUCAAUCAAAACAGAUAAACUGUGCUAAAUUAGUACUUAAUCAUUAAGUUCAGCAUACAAGGGCAGUUCAGACUUUUAACACCAGCUACAGCCCCACCAGCUGUUUUCAGAAGCA